UUCGGCCCACAAAACAUGAGGCGGUUCCCCCACGGCCACUUCCGGCCCGGGUCUGGUCCACUCCCGAUCUAUAUUAACUCAACCCGAUUCAUUCAACCUCCACCGCCACUUGUGAAUUGUGUUCGCCUUCUGCAUCUACUGCUGCGUCCGAACCACCGACAAACAAUCGGAGGAGCGAUCCGAAAGUCAUUUUGGCUCUUGAUCCAUUCGCAUACGGUACCGGAUCGAAGCAAGAAAGCAUCCGGAAUGGCGGGAUGGAUCGGCAAGAAAGGCGAGGAAUCGCCGGCGUUCGAGGGCAAUGGGAUGGUUAGAAUCGGCGCUGAUAGCGAGGAGUUCAUCCUCCUGCGGCACCGGUUCUACACCAGCAUCGGCUCGCUCGUCCCGCAUUGCGCCUUGCUCCACCUUCACCGUUACUCCUACGCGGCUCCGGCCACGAGAGCGCGGUGGGAGGCCUUCCUCCGUUGCGUGAAGUCAACGGCGCUGGAGAAUGGCGGCGACGCCAACGAGAAGUUCGCCUUUCGCGAAGCUUCCAGGGAUUGGAUCAUUCAGAUCGGGAAUCGAGGGCUUGAUCUGUCGUCCGAGAUGUCUGACGACGGCGGUUAUUUCGGGGUCGGCCUCUAUCUCACUCCCGAGCCUGUAUCGAUCAACAGCGUGAUGUCUUCGGUAGUUGAUGGAGACGGAUUAAGGCAUGUUUUGUUGUGCCGUGUGGCAUUAGGCAGAUCGGAGGAGGUAGUUUGUGGUACAGGGCAAUCUCAUCCGAGCUCCAAAGAUUUUCAUUCCGGCAUUGAUAACCUCAAAAAACCGACUAGAUAUGUGGUGUGGUACCAUGAUGUGCCCAUUCGUAUUCUUCCGUUGUAUGUCCUGAGCUUCAAAGUGGACUUCCGCAACAGAGGAUUAUUGCAGAAAGUGCCCGUCAAGGGUCCUUCGUCACCAUGGAUAUCCAUUACACACCUUCUCCUUUUGCUAUCGAAAUUUUUACCCCGUCCCACCAUAUGCCAGAUCAAGAAAUUUCAUUGCGAGUUCAAAGAAAGGAAAAUUUCUAGGCAGCAAUUAGUCCUUCGUAUAAGAGAAGUAACAGGGGACAAGAUUCUACGUGAUGCAAUCAAAUCUUUCCAAGAUAAGCGAGCAGCAGCUGCUCGUCUUGCUUCGAGGACGAAGGAUUAACGCAUCCAUGGCCAUAAAACUGCUAUCCGCCUCCAUUGCUAGUAUAUCCAGACAUGAAAUUAGCACCAGUUUUCUCAAACAGACGUCAAACAGUGGAACAGUUGUACAUAUGUCUUCAAUGUAAGGAAUUGAUUCGUGUGCAGGCGAUCGGAAGUGAUCUGGGCAGAAGUGUGAGUCCCCGCAGACGGAGUCGCGAUGUAAUUACAUUACAAUUUUGGAUCUUUAGCAAAGUAGAUUUGGAAGCCAAAAAUAUCCCACCGGUUGACUUUCUACGAAUAACAACAGUUUGACGAAGAUCACCUGUUUGAUGUUUCCUAAUCUAUGAGUCUAUGACUCGUAUCCUGAAGUCGUCGAGGUCAAAAAAGUGGGACAGUUUAUCAACUAGACGUUGAUCCUCUCCAGAAUCACUCACAGGAACGCGGCAAAGCUUCUUGGCUGCUGCUUGGAGACGCGUGUGCCGCUGCUAGUCUACGAGUUAAUAUUCAACGUCACGCUCUCUCAGGCACGUCGGAGGAGGAAAAAAUCGUAGGUCGGGAUUUUGGGGUUGCUAUUCCGACGGUUAAAUUAAUAUUUUACACGGAAAAAGAAUCAGUGGAAUAAAAAAGUGCGUUUGUGGACUAGUGUACUUAUGCUAAUAUAAUGGAAAAGUAACUCUUUUACAAUGUCACUAUAAUUUUUAUGUUAAUUAAGCAUCA